UGGAGAAAAAUGCCGGUUCCUAGAGUAGGAGAUGAUAUGUCGGUGGAUGGGCCGGACAAUGCUGUACUCACCGCGGCCCAAGAAAAAGAGAUUGUCAGGGAGCUCACUGAAGCUGCGGAAGGACAAGUGCGAGAAGGAGAUACUUUCUAUCUCAUUUCAUACAGAUGGUGGAGGUUAUGGCUAGACUAUGUGGAUCCGACAGACCUAUCAAGUAGCGAGGGUGGUGAGGCCCUGACUACGUUCACACCCGGGUCUUUUGGACCAUUCUCUAAGAGGCCCUCUAGUAUUGAAAAUUCAGAUUUGGUUCUUGAUGCUCCUUCCUCUGAGGAUAAAAAAUCUGAGCCUGAUCUCAAAGAAAAUUUGAUAGAAGAUCGUGACUAUAUUCUCUUACCAGAGCAAGUGUGGAUGGCCUUUCAUAAGUGGUAUGGAGGUGGGCCUGCCUUACCGAGGAAGGUGAUAACGAUGGGUUAUGGCUCACAUGAAGAUUUGGCAGUCGAGGUGUACCCAUUACAAGUGAAUCUAAUUGUCCAGCCGCCCGGGACCAAAGCUGUUCUGAGAUUCAGCAAGAAGGAUACCAUUGGGAAGCUACAGCAAACCGUCUGCGAGCACUUCAAGUUAGAACUUGAAAAUGUUCGCAUCUGGGACUAUUUCAACAAACAGAAGAAUAAGCAACUUACUGAACCCUCGAAGAGCCUCCAAGAAGCAUAUAUUCACAUGAACCAGGAAAUACUCGUAGAAGUACGGAGAAAUGGAAAGUGGCCAGAUAGCAGCAUCUCUUCUACAGGAAAGAGCACUGUAUCCAGCUCCAGUUCCAUCUCUAAUGGAAGUAAUGGUUCGUCAGCGGGAAGAGAAAUGACUGUUCUUUCAGAAAGUCGCAGCAUUGCAAAUGGUCCACCAGCAAGCAAACCAGGAACAAGAAAUGGUACCAAUUCAGGAUAUCCGACGUAUUCCAUGGACAAAGAAAAAGAAUCUGACGGUUGGCUAGGGAGCUCCAGUGGUGCAGCUAGAGCAGGACCAAAGGGUGUCACUGGUCUACAAAAUCUUGGCAACACCUGUUUUAUGAACAGUGCUCUUCAGUGCCUUGUCCAUACACCACCUUUGGCUACAUAUUUCCUACAGGAUUACACUCCCGAAAUAAAUCGCCACAACCCCCUUGGCAUGGAGGGCGAGCUUGCUAUAGCCUUCGGUGAACUCUUGAGAAAGCUAUGGGCACCCGGAAAACAGCCCGUCCCUCCUCGACAGUUCAAGACCAAGCUGGCUCGAUUCGCACCUCAGUUUAGUGGUUACAAUCAGCAUGACUCACAAGAACUGCUAGCAUUUCUCCUCGACGGCUUACAUGAGGACUUGAAUCGAGUUAAGAACAAACCAUAUGUAGAAGCAAAAGAUGCGGACGGUCGACCAGAUAAAGAAGUUGCUACUGAGUACUGGGCAAACCACCGGUCUCGUAACGAUUCUAUUAUCGUUGAUGUGUGUCAGGGACAAUACAAGUCCACACUGGUUUGUCCAACUUGCAGCAAGGUCUCUGUGACGUUCGAUCCUUUUAUGUACUUAUCUUUACCUUUACCUGCUAAGACGACUCGAACCAUGACAGUCACGGUCUUUAGCGGGGAUGGGUCUGCACCUCCCACUUCCUACACAGUGACUGUAUCAAGGCAAGGGAGGUACAAAGACCUAAUCCAGGCGAUUGGCAUUGCCUGCAACUUAGGAAGUGAAGAGCGAUUGAUUCUUGCGGAGCUCUACAAUCAUCGAAUUUUUCGUGUUUUGGACGAGCCUCUUGAGUGGCUAACUGCCAUCCGGGACGACGACCGCAUAGGAGCUUACAGGCUGCCAAAAACUUCCGAAAAAGGGACUCUUUUAUGUUUGCUGCAUCGUCGACUAGAAUCGGAUACGUACACUCCUAAAAAUGCCCCCCAGUGGAAGCUCUUUUCGGCACCUCUUGUAACAAGUCUGCCAGAGGAAGCUCCUACCGGCGCAGAUGUAGUUAAGAUUGUGAAGAAAUUGCUCACACCUAUGGAAAGAUCGGACAGACCGUUGCCCGCCGAGUCCAUGGAUUUGGAGGGAGAGAGGACGGUUGACAAUGCGCCAGAGGAGGACGUAGACAUGGUAGAAGGAGGUGAUUUCGCUAGGAGCGAGACUUCCGCUCUUUGUGGAAAGAAUGGAAAUGGUGAACAAGUUCAGUCUGACUCUCUUGAUGUUACACAGAAACAGCCAGAGUCCUCCUUUCAACUGUGGAUAACAGACGAUAAAGGUACCACAAGGGAAGGGUCCAUCCUUAUGGAUAAACAGAUGCCUCCUGCUGCUAAUUCAGCUCGCGCGACGGCAAAAGUGCGCUAUGUGGCUGUGGACUGGUCUGCAGCUGCUCUGGAACAAGAAUAUGACAUGAGCAAAGUAGAUAUGCCACCGGAGGUGCUGAGGACUGGGUUACCAGCUACUUCGAAAAAGGCUCGUCAGGAAGCUGUCUCGUUGUAUACGUGCUUGGAAGCGUUUUUGAAGGAAGAGCCUUUGGGACCGGAAGACAUGUGGUACUGUCCUCGCUGUAAAGAGCAUCGGCAAGCAAGCAAGAAAUUAGAUUUAUGGCGGCUUCCAGAAAUCCUUGUUGUACAUUUAAAAAGGUUUUCUUAUAGUCGAUACUUGAAAAACAAGCUGGAGACUUUUGUUAACUUCCCGGUUGACGACUUAGAUCUCUCAAAGUAUGUGGCAAGUACUAGUGAGUCACAAGGGCAUGUUUACGAGCUCUACGCAGUUAGCAAUCACUACGGCAGUAUGGGUGGUGGCCACUACACUGCAUAUGUGAAGCUGGUAGACGAGAACAAAUGGUACAAUUUUGAUGAUAGUCACGUGUCUCCAGUGAAUGAGAGUGACAUCAAGACGUCAGCUGCAUAUGUAUUAUUUUACAGACGGAUACGAAGUGAAGAGUCCUCUCUACGGACUGCUGAGGCGCAUUCAGUUGUCACGUCCGUGGGUUCAAAUCAAAAAGACGUAGCUGAUGUAGUAGAUGCAGAUAUGACAGGCGCUUCCUCACACUUCCUUCCUCCUUGAUUUACUUCAACUUUGUAAUUCGUGAAUUUGUGCAAGUAGAGGUGAGGGUUGAGUAUGUGAUGAGGUCAGAGGACCUCACAUUCUUGUUACUUACAAACUAAUUCUUGAUAUGCACUGGAAAUCUUAAUAAAAUUGGGACCAUUUCUCAG